AUGCCGUCCCAUAUCAAAACAUAUGAUGGGACUGAAGAUCCUGAGGACCAUCUUCAGAUCUUUACCAGUGCAGCUAGGAUUGAGAAAUGGUCAAAUGCUGAAUGUUGUCUAAUGUUCAUGCAACCCCUUGUCGGAUCAGCCAGGAUCUGGUUCAAUGAUUUACCUGCCCAAAGCAUUCGAAGCUUCGAUGAUCUUAGCAAGGGGUUCCUGGCCAACUUCUCCCAGCAAAGGCGAUAUGUUAAAGAUGCUAUCGUAAUCUUCCAGAUAAAACAAAGGGAUAACGAGAGCCUUCGAGAGUUCAUAGAAAUGUACAAAAAGGAAGUUCUAAUGUAUGUAGGGGCAGAUGAAAAGAUGAGAGUAGCCAGUUUCAUGAAUGCAAUUACCUCCAAGUACCUUACCAGGGAUUUCAACAAAUCCCUGUCAAAAACCUUGGAAGAAGCUCUCGAAAGGGCCAAAGCCCACAUCAGAGGAGAGGAGGCUGUAGACAUAAAAGAACAAAGAAAAAGGGGAUCUAGCUGGCGUGGUAACAGCCCAGCUAGGAAAAGGGGAAACUUUAACUCCUAUGACAGACGCCAAAGGGGUUCAGAGCAACGAAGGUCUGAAAGCCGAAACCCUCCAAGCAGAGAGAAGGCCAUGAACUUCACACCCCUUACCAAAACCCCUCAAGAAAUUCUUGCAACAGAGGAAGUGAAACAAAGCUUCCGACCUCCCAGGCCUCUCCCUAAAAGCAAGAAGAACGAAAAUUCCACUCAGUUUUGUGAAUUUCAUGAAGAGAAAGGCCACCAUACUAAUGAUUGCUUCCAACUCAAAAAGAGGAUUGAAGAGGCUGUCAAGUCCGGGGAGCUUGCUCAGUUAGUAAAGGGGGUAAGGGACAAGAUGGCCGAAGGAAAAGGUAAGGAAGUUAACAUGGUGGAUUUUGAUGGUAGGGUUCUACACAAACGGCAGCGGUUGGAAGCUUGGGAGCUUCAGUGUGUUUGUUUCCCUCCAAGAGAAAAAGACCCACUCUCAAACCCCCUUGUGGUUGAAGCAACUGUGGGUACACUACAAACAAGCAGAGCAUACAUAGACACUGGUGCAGCCACUGAAAUUAUGUUUGAGAAGUUCUUCAAUCGUUUAAGCAAUGAAGAACGUUCAAGGUUUCAACCCUCAGAAACCUCCAUAAAAGGUAUUGCUGACAUACCCCUUAAGCCUUUAGGGCAACUGACCCUUGAUGUCCAUUUCAGCGAAGGCCAGAAGGAGAGAGUCCAGCCUCUCACUUUUGUGGUCAUCAAUAUACCUUCAAACUAUGACGUGAUCAUAGGAAGGAUGGGGCAUUGUUCAUUCUAUAUGGUUGUUUCUGUUGGUCAUGGAAGAGUCAAGUUUCCUACCGAGAGAGGGAUUGCAACCCUUCAACCUACUCAAGAAGCCUACGUGGUUGAAGGUGAAAGUUCCAAGAACGAACAAGACAAGCAAAGGCUAAUCAUAAACCCUAAGUAUCCUGAGCAAAGGAUAAGGGUCAACCCAAGCCUUUCACAAGAAACUCUCUCGAAAUGCUGCUAG